ACAGUCAUGUGACGAAUGUUUUUGUUGAAUCGCUUCCUCAUUCAUUGAGCGUUUUUCGCCCUGUCAUGUGAACGUCUUAAACCCGAACUCCCCUGGGUUAAAAUCUCCCGAAUCUCCCGGAAAUCCUUACCGACCGGGCCGGCCAAAGAAGGACUACCCCGUGGCAGAGGCUCUUUGAGCGUGCGCUCCGAGAGGCUCGGGUCCGGUGGUCAGCCAUGGCGGACGAGGAACGGUCACCGCUCUUGUCCGAGCAGCACGACGGGACCAACGGCUUCUCUCCUGGGGGAGACACGCGUGGAUAUCCAUGGAGUGCGGCGCUGUUCCCCAGCUCGGUAGAACCUGGAGAACCUCCGCCUCCGUACUCGCCGCAGGGCAGCCCGGACAGCAGCAGUGCUCUGGUCAUCAGCUGCAGGGUCUGUCAGAGCACCAUAUCUGUGGAGGGCAAGACGCACCAGCAUGUGGUGAAGUGCAGCAUCUGUAACGAAGCCACGCCAAUUAAGAACGCUCCUGUUGGGAAGAAGUACGUCCGCUGUCCGUGUAACUGUCUGCUGAUCUGCAAAGUUACGUCACAGAAAAUCGCCUGUCCAAGGCCGUACUGUAAACGUGUCAUCAACCUGGGACCGGUCCACAUCAGCAACGACAGUCCAGAACCGCAGCACCAGCCCGUUGGCCUGCGGGUCAUGUGUGGACACUGCACCUGCACUUUCCUGUGGACGGAGAUUUCUGAUCGGACCUUGGCUCGGUGUCCACACUGCAGAAAAGUUUCCUCUAUUGGCCGGCACUACCCGAGGAGGAAGAGCUGGCUGUGUUUCCUGCUGUUUGUUGUCUUUGCAGCCACAACGGUCGGACUUCUGGUUGGUACGUGGAGGAGUGCCCAGCAUUCUAAAGGCAUCUACGUGUCGUGGGUCCUGCCUAUCCUGCUCGUCUUCGUCACCUUGGUGAAAACCAUCUACUGGUGCUGUCUGAAGAUCAGCAACCCCAUAAACAACAUCACGUAGACGGGUGGUCAGACAGCGAAAGACGGGAUUUUAGGGUUGUUCUUGUUGACGGGGAGAUGAAGGGGUCUGUUAUUAAUCUGAAGAAAAUUAAGAAUAUACAAAGUACCACGCCUGAGGAUUGAGACAAAAGCUGCUAGUUGUCAGAUGUAGUUUUUGCCCCUGAUGUUUUCUGUUUGUUGUUGCGGAUCAGUAAUGACUAAUCUAUGCGACAGAGCUGGAUUAACCUCACAGCCAGGUAACUUCAGGUCCGUCACAAAGCUGCUUAUCAGGCGGGUCACCUGUUCCUUUCAAACACCCCUCUAACAAUCAGAAAAAAAAUCAUGACUACGUUUUGUUUAAUUUCUUUUUAUUUGAAAGCAUCUCUGAACUGGAAGUCCUGGUCCUCUCCAGCAGAAUGUUUACAAAAUGAUGUCAUCUGAUGUCUCGAAGUUUGUUUUCCUCCGAUAAAAAUGCUUCAAAAGCUAAAUAGAAAGCACCUGUGAAACAAUAUGAAAUAAUCAGAUUUUUUUGGGAUUAUAAUUAACAUAAAGCUCCAAAUCUGUGAUUGUGGCUCAUAAUCUGCUCCCAACUCCACCUGCGUAGCACAAGCAUGCACAUAGCCUAAGAUCCAGACUCAAUAACGAGGGUUUGGUGCCACACCAGGUCACCUGAAGAUGCUCUGGACCCGUAGGAAGAAGCAUUCAUCCCUCAGAGUUUAAAUCAUAACUGUGAAACAAAGCAAAGAAAACUGGAACUAAGUGACAUUUUGCUGAGGUCGCCACAUUUUGGAGCUCAAACCACAAAUGAAAGGCAAGAGUAAAAACAAUAUAGGGUUUGAUUUUUAUUAGAUUUCUGACGUUGAGCUACUUCAGUGGAUCAAUGCUGCUAAAAGCAAACGUUAGCUAGCAUAAACAACGUUCAGCCUACAGGUGUAAUUGGGCCCCAUCUACAACACUCUGGACGUUUUUUAUUUCCCUGUUCAUGAGAAUCUUUUUUCCAGAUUAUUCCACGCCGAAAUACCUCCCCCAUGUUACUAGGUAAUGUCCACAUGAACAAACAUAUCAAAAUACAAAUCAAGAACAUUCAAAAUUCUCCCUAAACUCUGUUUUAUUAGAAAUCAUUUAAAAGUUUUCUCUGUUUCAGCACACACUCGACGUUUAAUAACGAUCCAGGAUAAAGCGAGGCGAUGAAUCUGUUAGAAUUAGCUUAGCUUAGCUUAGCUUCCACUCCACACAGAGGCACUGAAGACUGAGACUGACGUAUUUCUCAUUAAAAGCUCAGAUGUUGUGUGGACAGGAGGGUUAGGGACCAGAAGAAUUCUGGGUAAUUUAGUUGUUUUUGUUUAUAAUCAGCCGGUUUUGGAUUGCCGUAACUUUUUACGGAGCACUGAAGCAUCUUUAUUACCUCAUUCAGCCUAAAUGAACAUAUCAUCUAAACCGAGUGGAGGAAGUGCACGUGUGUUUUAAUGUUAAGGGCAUUUUUUAUUAACUAUAAACAGUCCGAUUAAGUUUACUCACACAGCAGAAGAGGUAUCUGUACGUGUGUUAUUGCCAGUGGAAGGCCUUGGUGCAUUAAAGCAGUAAAUAUAUAAAUGAGAUGAAGUUUUUGUUUAUUAGCAUUAUAAUCAUGUCUUAUCUGGGAUCUAUUAUCUGAUUUCUACUUUAUUUUUCUUCAUUAUUUGUGUAAAAGUAAAUCAGACAGGGUUGAGAUUUAAUCUAAGGAUGAAACCCUGAUUCUUCUGUUCCUGCUGGAGGAAUCGGCUUACACAGAUACGUCUAUUUUAAUCUAAACACCUGACGUUAGUGUGAACGUGUAAAUAUUUGUGUACAGGGUGAUCCCUAGUUUUUGUUUCUAAUCGAUGUUACGUCCUGCUGACUGUGAAGCCUGUUGCACUACAUGAGUCCUGCUGUGUCUGUCUCUGGUGGGUGGAUGUUUCCUUUUUAUGUCGUGGAACAAAAUAACACUUUUAACAACGUCA